AUGCCCCGUGACGACGACGUGUGCUCGAGCGUGACGCUGGACUCGGUGGUGGCCGACCCGCACCUCCACGCGCUCUUCCUCCAGCACCUCUCCACGUCCAAUACGAAGGGCUUUGCGCGGCUGCUCUUCCUCGUGAGCGUCGAGGAGUUCAAGAAGGUGCUGGCGUCCCCUGCUGGGUCCGACGAGGCCGUGGCGGACGCGCAGGUCCAUCGCUGUCAAUACGCGAGCAAGAUCAUCACCAAGUUCAUGAGCCCUGACGCGUUCCUGGACAUUGCGUCCGAGAACUUGCGCAUCUUGGACAAAUCGGUCGCGAGCUUUGGCAAGCUGCUUCGGAACGACCUCAUGCUUUACAACAGUCUGGCGGCCAAGACGGACCUUUUCCAGGACGCGGAAGACGCUGUGAAGAAGGUGUUGCAGCCGCUGUUCCAGCAGUUUGCAGCCGCGCCUGAGUUUGCCGCGCUCGUAGCGAGCUCUCAUCUCACGUACGUUGGUGUGGAUGAAUUGGACGCGAGCUCGGACGACGCUGAGCCACUGCAGCAGCAGCAGCAAGAAGUGGAAGGACAAGGGUCUCCGCGAUCCUUGUUGAACAAGAGGCUGGCGUCGCCAGCGGUGUCGACUGCCAGCACUCGGACAGGACAUGCCCAUGGCCGUAGACAACGCACAGCGACGACGUUCUUGACGUUGGAACGAGUGCUCGGGAACCGGAGACUGUGUAGUGUCUUCUGGGUGUUUCUGUUCAAAGAACGCACGCAUCAGCAGCUGAGUUUGUGGAUGGACUUCCGGUAUCAGCUGCUGCCUGUGCUGGAAGACUUUAUUCACGUGGUACAGGCGGAUGCUGACCGUGUAGACGAGAAGCAAUGGAACAAGGACCAGUCAGACGAUACCGAGGAUCAACAAGCUGGAGAGCUCAUCGAGCAGCUUCUGGCAGGGGGCAGUCGCAUUGCAGCCAAGUACCUGAUUGUGAAUGCUAGCACGCGCGUCACUUUUGUCGGCGAGGCAGAGCAGGCUCUGCUGCAUGAUUACGAGGUGCAAGUAGCCUGUUGUCUUGAAGCUGGCAGCUUUUCACUGGCCGAUGCUGAGGAGUUACACCGAACGGUGGAGCGUAUUCAAGGUGUCAUUGAAGCAGACCUCAAGGUCAAUCAUUUUGUGCGCUUCAUGGGCAGCGAGUCAUUCAAGUCAUUGGUGGCAUCUUACCAGAGUCGUUUGCUCAGUCCGUCGGGAUCACCAGAUGUUCUUACGUCUACGGCGUGCGACGGCUCCAGCACAGCUUCGGACAGCAGUAUGACGACUUUGCAAGAGUUGUUCCAAUGCAUGAAUGUUCCGUCGCAUCAACCACAGCGAGUACGGAGUAAAUCGUUCACGUUGCGAGACCUUUUCCAAGGUCAACUUCGCGGCGAACUGCAGAGCAAGUCACUUAUUAGCUCAGUCAUGAGCUUCCGGCUGGAUGUGAAUGAUCGAUCUCACCCAGGGUUGAUCAAGGAAGUCCUACACACGCUUGCAGGAUCGAGCAACCGCAGUGAGAGCUGCAGCGAUUUGUACCAUCACCACGCAAUUCCGGACCAUGUCGAAGCUUUCUUUCGACCUUCAGGAGCUGAUGUUGUGCGUUCGACAGUCCGGCCAAAACCUUCACUAUUCCACAUGACGAUUGGUAAUUCUGACAAAGCGUUUUAUGGAGCCUGCCUUACACGAUACGUUCCGUUGAACGACUCGAGCAAGUUAGGUCCAUUGGAGCAAGUGUUGCAGGAGACUGAGGGACUUGAAGUAUACGUUCCAGCGGGAAUUUGCAUCAUCAGCCGAUACCCGAUUCUAGACACGCUUAAACAGCGUUUGGACCUGCUGCACACUGCCAUGCAGGACGACGAGUCAUACCUCUUUGACGUCAAUUGGUUGCCAUCCGUAGCACAGAUGGACGGUCUGCUUUGUCCAUUGGAUUUCAGUACGAUGAUCUCCCCAGACGAUGGGACGUCUACCUUGGCCCUAGACGACUUUGUUGAUUUUAGCAUGGAGGAAAUCUUCAGCUGUUUAUCAGUCGAGCACGUCGUUGCUUUGGUCACGUGCAUGCUGCUCGAGCGACAAAUUGUGCUUGUCAGUUCGCGAUAUUCAGUGCUGACAGCAGUCGGAGAGACGUUGAAGAGUUUGAUUGCGCCGCUGGAGUGGAGUCACGUGUUUGCACCCAUUCUACCCAAAAGCAUGCUUGAAUGCUUACAAUGUCCCACGCCGUACCUAUUCGGCGUCCAUGCAAGUUAUCGCGGGGAGUUGCGCGAGAUGCUUGAGCGAGAGGGCUGUGGUGAUAGCAUUGUCGUGGUGGAUCUAGAUGCGGACACAAUGAGUUCUCCUGGGCGACCGCAGCUCCCUGAAUCGAUUCGUGGUCCACUUACUUCGCGACUGCUUCAGCUGCUGAAGCCUCGAGUCUACUACAGCGACUUUGUGCCCAUGGUCACCAAGAACGAAACAGUUGCUUCGACGUUGCAGUGUUUUCCACAAGGUCAUGUGCGCAUGUUUUUCCGCGAAGCAAUCGCAGCUCUAUUGCGAACGGUGGAAGAGUUUCGGUUUGUGCUGUCGGACGACUUCGACUACGUCGUGGUGUUUGAUCGUAUCGCGUUCGUGCGCCAUCUGCCAUCGCGGGAGCAAUCAUUUUACCGUAGUUUCCUGGAGACGCAGGUCUUCUCUCACGAGAUCGCCUCGGUUAGUAUUUAA